AUGGCCAUCCCACCAAAGGCUUUGCUCUUUGCCAUCCUCAGUUGCCUCUGCCUCUGUAGUUCAGUUAUAGUGGCUCGUGAACUUAAUGAUGACUUGCCGAUUGCGGCGAGGCACGAGAGUUGGAUGGCCGGGUACGAUCGUGUAUACAAGGAUGCCACUGAAAAGGCUCAUAAACUUGAGGUUUUCAAGGCCAACGUCGAGUUCAUUGAGUCCUUCAACGCUGCGAACCACAAGUUCUAUUUGGGCGUCAAUCAAUUUGCUGACCUCACCAACGAGGAGUUCAAGACGACAAAGACUAACAAGGGAUACAAAGUGAGCUUGGAGAAGGCUCCCACAGGAUUCAUGUACGAGAACGUGACCUUGGAUGCACUUCCUGCAAUAGUAGAUUGGAGGACGAAGGGUGCGGUCACUCCCAUUAAGGAUCAGGGCCAAUGUGGUUGUUGUUGGGCAUUUUCCGCCGUUGCAGCAACUGAGGGCAUCGUCAAGCUAAAAACUGGCAAGCUUAUCUCUUUAUCGGAACAAGAGUUGGUUGAUUGUGACAUCCACGGUGUAGACCAGGGCUGUGAGGGCGGUCUCAUGGACGAUGCCUUCAAGUUCAUCAUUUCAAAUGGUGGCCUUACUGGUGAGUCUAGCUACCCAUAUACGGCAGAAGAUGGUAAGUGCAAGAGUGGAUCCAAAGAUGCCGCCACCAUCAAGAGCUAUGAGGAUGUGCCUACCAACAACGAAGGUGCUCUCAUGGCGGCUGUUGCAAACCAACCUAUUUCGGUGGCCGUUGACGGUGGUGACAGGACGUUCCAAUUUUACAAAGGUGGAGUCAUGACUGGUUCUUGUGGCACUAACCUAGACCAUGGCAUUGCAGCUAUUGGUUAUGGAAAGACGAGUGAUGGCACAAAAUAUUGGUUGUUGAAGAAUUCGUGGGGCACAACAUGGGGCGAGAACGGGUACUUAAGAAUGGAGAAGGACAUUUCUGACAAGAGAGGCAUGUGUGGUCUUGCCAUGGAGCCUUCCUACCCUACUGCAUAG